GCCAAAAUGGCGCACAGAAACCAAAACAAGUAACUGAUGUCUGGCUCGAAGGAAGAAAAAUCCGUGCUCGUGUUAAAGUGGAUAUAAGAUUUCCCGGAAAGUCUGAUUGCAUUGAUCUCUGGACAGUUUCUGAUUGCCUGAGUAGCUGCGCUGCAUCGGGAAGACAGAAUAAAUGAGAGAAAGACACUGGAUGACGUGCCUUAUUGAAGUUACAGUAGUGUGAAAGGCUUUCCACGGAGCAAAGGCUCGAUAAACAAAGUCUAUCAAAAUAACUAUUGGUUUCGAAUUGAGAGAUACCCAGACUGCACAAGAUGGCAGGUAGCACGCUUAAUGUCUUCCUAGCUGUAUUCCUCCUCUCCACUACCCUUGACCUUUACCUCGCCAUCGAGGUCAUCGAUGUCACCUUCUCCAACGUGACCCAACACAAUUUCACCGUACACUGGGGGUAUCAACUCAACGGCUUCAACGUCUCCCGCCUGGAGGGUUUUGACCUUACCGUCUCCAGUGUCUACGACGUCGAGCUCGUCAGCGAGGAACUGUCCCCCACCACGACUCUGUACUCCCCGGGUGAGGUAGAUGGCGGGACCACGUUCUAUGUCUGUAUCGCCCCCGUCAUUACGAACGACAAGGGGAACUUGACCUGCGGGUUUGUGACCACGUUCUUCGACCCGUGGGAUCUGAGGGGCCAGCUGGCCUGUUACAUCGGGGCAGUGCUUCGUCGGAUUCAGAUGAUUUACUUAUUGGCCGGUCUUAAAUUUAACGUGCGGUUAAGACCGGCUAAGGAGACUAUGGACGCGACUCAUGCCCGAGCCUCAGGCGAAUAGGGAGACUGUCUGAGUUCAGGGGAACAAACGAACGCCACUUCCAGCGGAGUUUAUGAGCGGAACAACCCUCACUGCAAGGGAGAGCAAAUCUCUAAGCUUAGUUGAUCAUCAAACUUAGGAACUCUGGAUGAAGUGGUCCAAAACCCAGCCCGAGAGGACCGAGGACUAACAACCAUGUUCAACCAGCAAGAUCUGGUAAGGCACAUUUUCUUCCACAUUGCUACAUUAAAAGGGUUUACCGUACUCAUAUCAUUUUUUUAAAAUAUUCAAACUGUUUUCAUAUUUCCCCCCUUGACGUUGGUUCCGCGGGAAAAUUACCUGAACAAGGCCAAUGGUGUCUAUGUUUUGUUUUGAUUAUUUAACUGUGUUUACAGUGAGUUGCAGUCUUUAACAAAAAGAGAAAGUCUUCUGGUGAGACGUUGAAUUAUGACUUGUGUCUGCCAAACGUAGCUCACUAACCUUUCGGUUGCACAAUGACAGACGUAUUCUUUUCAUACUAGAGUAACGGUAAGUGAGACUCUAUAAAUAAAACAAAAUAAUAAAUAAGGUCUUCGAAAGGAGCGGAAAUGACUAAAGCUAGAGCAAAACUUUAGUUUUUAAGAUAAUUGACAAUUAUCAUAUAUUAAUAUGAUCACACAGCGCAAUCCUGACGCAGAUGUUGUCUAUGAGUUCACAAAUCCUAGCGGCCUGGCGGGAACCCGUCAGUUUCAUCGCUGGCCUCGUUUUGGAGUGGAGGAAGACAUCCUGGACAUUCCCUUGGACGAUUUCAGUCAGGGGGGAUGGAGGAGGUAUUCCAUGUACUACAAAAGACGUGGGUUCCCACCGGAGGAGAGGAUAAAGCGCGUCAUCCUCUGCUUUGUUCUUUCUUUUGUUGUGUUUCUUUUGUUGCUGGGAGGCAUAUUUCCAGCAAUUUUCUUGAGCAGUAAGUAGAGGUGCUGGGUAAUGCAGUAUCCCCUCAACCUUUACCAUGCAAACGCUUGAGGUAAAAGUAUACACUAUUGGCUCAUAAAAUUUAACCUUUGCAAUGGUGAACUUCUUUAUGGUAUCAAAUAAGCAUCACAUGGAUGGGUAGUUCAACAGGCUCUCCGUACUCCGUUCAUCACGUCUGGGUGUUCACUGUCCUUAGGAGUGUGGUUUUAAGUAAAACUAUUUAAUAUAAAUAUUCCAUACCUUUAUACUAAUCUAACUGUACAUGUAUAAUGAAUCAUUCGAUCAGCAUCGCGCCUUGUUGUGUGGGGAAUUCACAAAAGGUCUUGCUUCAUUUCCCCGGCUUGAGGAAGCUCCCAACAAAAUCUAUAUUUGGUCAUGAAAAAUUGGUUUUUUUUUUAUAUACCCUGACACGAAUAAAAAUGAACCCUAUUCGUACUUCUCUUUGUCUUUGGCAUUUUGUGACAAAAUAUCUCUUUAUCCAUCCUUUGACAGCCCAGCUGACGCCUCGUGAACAAGCAGGUAAAGUGUAAUAUUAUAAAGUACAUCAUUAGAAGUGACAUUUACGUCGAAAUCACCUAGAGGAUUCCUCUCAAAAGCGUAGACAAUUGUGAAAAAUACCUGUUUUUCAAUAUUUGUAGGUUUUCCCUAUAUCCUUGUGGUGCCUUCUAGGCUGAAUUAUAGGUUUUAAACUUGCAGUUGUGAUUUUCUGCACAGAUAAUGCAGAUCAUAGCCCAUUAAAAAGAGAAUGGAAUCCAAGUACGGUAUAUAUGCUUUUACAUAGCCUAUUUUGAUGCUAGCUCGUUGAUAUCACUGCAUCUGUUGCCUGACAAAAUGGCGUAAUUACAUCAUUCAUUGGAUUUCCUGAAUGAAGAAGAAAUUUGCAAAUGUUUCCCAGGCACAGUCUGUUUCGUUCAAAUACAUGAAAACCUGACAAUUGUUAUGAAAACCGAAAACUCCAUAAAUCGAUGCUCUAAAUGAUAGGCCUACUGCAAAGUAAUAUUUUUCUUCGAUUUUGUCCUUUUUUAGCAAUGACGCUCGAAAUCGGUGAGUAUUUUGUUUAUAUUGCUUUCUAAAUUUUGAAGACCCAUUUUGGAUACCUGUAUUAAUAUCGUCUGGAUUUGAGUGGUGACUCUACACGUAAUAGAGUUUUAAUUUAAAAACCGCUCACCCACGCAAAUAAUCCAAUCUGGGUUUGGCACGAAAAUUUAGUGGGUUUCAUGCUUGAUGAGUGAUGCAUCAUUGUGACAAAGGCGUAAAUGCCCGCAAUUUUCGCCUGUCUGAGCAACCACAAAACGACAAAAUCUAAACGCUUUUGUGUGGCCUCAGGGAGCAACUGAACUGAUGCCCUUUGCAAAGGAAUAUAACUGACCAAAUGUCAUACAGAAAGUAUAGUACACCGAAGUUAAUACUCUGUGUUAAAAGCGACUAAUGGGGAAUGUAAGGGCAUGCCUCCCUUGAAAGGAUACCACACCCUGCAAUCUGGUGCAUUUCAAAUGCUCAAUGAGGCAAAUCCAAGACUUUUGUUUUGUGGACCUCUAUUAAUGAAACAAAGAUUGGAAAAGGGGUUUUCGUUAGACCCGUUCUCCAUGCCCUUGUAUUCUGUUAAGGAACUUAGCUUGACGGCGAAGUUAACCCUCUCGAGAGUCUGUCAAUCGUUAAAAUCUUUUAUGAGUAAACACACAGCAAUGAAGUUCGGCUUUAGUGUGAUCUUGUAAACAAACUAAAUCUGUAUUCCAAUCUCUGUAUUCAUCUUUUAAUGUCAAGUACUUGGGGUUGGUUUUAAUUGAAAUGUAAGGUUUUAAAGGGGCUGAUCCAGUAAUUUUAUCAGGGGUUAAUCCCUUAUUAAAAAUAUCCAAUUGUUGUGAACAGGAACACAGAUAGCUGAUGCAUUACACCCUUAUUAAGUACAAAUAAUAACAUCUACAGAAUUUCAACUAGUUUUUCUCGUAAUCUAAAAUUCAUUGCUUCUUUUUUCUAUGUCAUAGAGGGCUGACCUAAACCCCAUCCCUGAAUCCCUGCCUGCUUUUUGUACUUAAUUUUAAAUUUAAAAACGCUUCUCGAUCAAUAGAGUUUGUGGGUGGCAACAUAACCUUUGACCUCGAGUACAUUCCAGCGUAUGACGACCCCACUUCGGCUGAUUACCAGGCCCUGGCUCAAAAUUUCAUUGAUGAGAUGGACAACUUAUUCGAACGUGGAUCUGCGAGUGAGGGAUAUCUCGAAACAGUUGUGCAUGAUAUUUCGCGAGGUAGCAUUGUAAUCACCUUCGAGAGCAUCUACACGGAAAAUACCAACGCAGACAUACCAUUCAAAGAAGUCUUCCGCGAGAAACUGGAAGAACGGGCGCUAAUUGGUAACCUCGGUCAGUUCAGUUUCGUGCCGGCCACGCUCGUCGUGUUCGAUGUUUGUAAUCUUUACUGUUUCAAUGGAGGGACAGUGAACAGAGCCAUAGACGUCUGUAGCUGCUCCUGUCCGGAAGGCUUCCUCCUUCCAGAAUGCCAAGCUCCCACAACAACAGUCAUCACGACAAAACCUGCCACAACAAUGAAAUUGUCGUCAACGUCUGGCAUUCCUACGACUGAGACCCCGACACCCACACGAGAAGCGGCGAAAACGCCGCGACCAACUCCAUCAAGUAGGUCACAGACCACUAUCCAGGUUAUCCCCACCACUGCUUACUUGGAAACAAGCAGAGUCAUUGACACAACGAGGCAGCUGCCAUCCACAACCAAGGACAUUCCCACGACUACGCAGAUGACUACAGCCAUGGACACUUCCACAGAGGAGGACUUGCCCACUACGCAGGAUGUUACAACGAUGAGCGAGUUACCGACAACCGCAAACAUUUCCACGACAACAGGAUUGCUCACAACCACAGAAAUUCCAACGACCACGGAGUUGCCUACAACAACGGAUAUUCCAACCACUACAAAGUUACCCUCAAUAACUGAAACUCCCAUGACUACGGAGUCGCUAACAACCACGGAAAUCCCAACGACAACGGAGUUGCCCACAACUACGGAGAUUCCCACAACGGAAUUGCCAACAACGCCAAUGCCACUUCUACACUGUCAUCGUUUUAGCUACGCGAAUAAUUACCUCCGGCUUGAACAAUUUAGGGGUGGAUGGACUCGACAAAUGGACAGACACAUACAUCAUUUCCCCUACCCAAGACUUUUGUAUUGUCUGUUUUACAUCGAUGAACCCCCGGUAGCAAGUACCAACGGAUUCGUCUGUCCGGACAAUGACACUUUACUGUAUUUCUCCAACUGCCUGGACUAUCACUUUGAUAGGCGUGCAAGCAACUGUAAGCCUAAUUCCAGUCAGGUUAUAUCUUGUCCCUCUCUGGAAGAUCUGUACAAUCAACUCAACGACACCUUUGGUACCGAGGACCCUCCGACCCCUUCCAUCCACGAAUUAUUCGAAUUUGUUACGUUCAGGGAGUGCCUCGCUCUUGGGGAAGACGACAACCGAACUCUAUCCGACGGCUUUUACUGCCCCCCUGCUACAGAGAUUCAAGAAACGGCCCAAUGUUUAGAUUACCACCUCGGAAGUGUUUCUUUAGAUGGCCAACCUUUCAGUGGAAACGCUAGCGCUGUUUGUGACUCACCACCGAGUGUGUGCCCGUCUUUUGGCACCUUGAUCUUCGAGUUGACAUUUGACUUUGGUCCAGACGGCGGCUGUGGUUGCGCUUCAAGACGUAAACGUCGACAAAUUGAUUGGUCCUCGUUCAGUUACAGUUUUUCGUCUAGCGGAAGCUUUUUCGAUAAUGUCUACGCUUCGCGUGGUGUUCAGCUCGGGCGUCAAGGAUGUUACAAUGGUUUUCCUUACCCACGACUCCUUUACUGUGAGGCUACUCCUGAUUCUCCUCUGUGUCCUGCGUCGGGCUAUACUGACGCAAUGCUGCUCUGUUUUGGAUACCACUUUGAGGCACCUGACUUUGAUGGACCUCCAAUCUCACCGGACGAUUGUCCAUGUUUUGACGUGUUUAUAGAGAUGCUUGAGACAGCGUAUGGACGAGAGGAGCCUCCCGACUGCGUCUGCAAUGAUCCCCGUAACUUUGUCAGCAACAAUACUGGUGACAGCCUCGCCGGAAUGCCAGUCAUGGACCGUUGCGGGUUUGUGAGCGAUUUCCCCUUUCCGCUCCUGACCCACUGUCUCAUUGAGCUGGAGAGCAACUUGCUGCCUGGAGGCACGGACAUGCCCUACGUUUGUCCAGAGCCAGAGGUUAUUAUCUACUAUGAUACAUGUCUGCACGUUUAUUUCGACAACAGAAAUCCCCCACGGGGAUGGAACGGUACUUGUCCUUGUGCCAAUGAACUAUACCAGGAGCUCUUCGACACCUUUGGGUAUGGGCGUCCCCCUAACUUCGCCAACGAACUCAAUCGAGGCUGUGUCUGCUUUUCCAAUGAGAGCUACGAUGGCCAGAAGUUCGACGACCUGGAAUUCGCUGCAAAAAGGUAUGAAGCCUGUGAAGACGAUCCACUGACUACUUUUAAUAACGGGAGCUUCGCUUGCCCAGGCACCAGUCAGUUGGAAACAUUUAAUGGAUGUUUAGAGUUUUAUUUUGGAAACUACAAAGCACCCAAUGACACGGUGUGUCCGCCACAAGACGAGUUUGUCAACGUGUUAGUUGAUGUGUUCAGGGGUUAUGAUGGGAUUUCAGGGGGUCAGCAUGCCACAGGUAAUGAGUGUAGUAAUGGGGAUUAGAAAACGGCAAUGCUUGUUAUUCUGAAAUAUAAUUUUAAUGCACUGAUCACGUGUACUAUAAAUAAGUGUAUGUGACUUCGUUUAUUGACUUUCUACGUUUUCAACAUUGUGUAAAUAAAAGUUAGAAAGAUCAUUAGAGAUUGAAAGAUCAUAAAGCAUAGGUUUUUGCGAGGUAUGCUUUUGAUUAAACAAACGAACUAUCACAUUAGAAAGGCCAUUAGAGAUGGAAAAAUCAUAAAGCAUAGGUUUUUGCGAGGUAUGCUUUUGAUUAAACAAACGAACUAUCACAUAAGAGGCAUUGAUAAGAUUAUAAAAAGUUUACUGAGUAUGCCAUUUUCCAAGUUCAAGCGUCUGGGGCACAUGAAAUACUGUAUAUUUCAUUGGACACAAUAAAGAGUGUUUUUGUGCAUAUCUGAAUUAGAAAAGUAAACUAUUUCACAGUUUCGGCUCACAAUAUUUUUAUUAUUGAACUGGAAGGCAGGUGUUAUACAAACUGUAAAUGUUAAAAGUUCAUCACC